UAUGGAAAAAGUUCACAUUCCAUUAUCUUUCUAUUUGGAUGACUUUGAUGAAAGCUUUGCCUUAAUUUUUUUAAAUACCCCCAUAGAAAAAAACGAUAAUGUGGUAAAACAAUUGUUUAAGAAAGCAUCAUUUAAAGUUUUAGUUGACGGUGGUGCAAACAGGAUGUUUGAUGUAGACUCAGAGACAGGACAUUUUCACAUUCCCGACAUGAUAACUGGAGAUCUAGAUUCGGCAAGAUCCGAUGUCUUAAAAUUUUACAGGGAAAAGGGAGUAGAAAUUAUCGAGACGUAUGAUCAGAAUUUUACUGAUUUUACUAAAUGUUUAAAGAUAGUUCUUGAAAAAAUUGAAAAAAAGGAGCUAAAUGUCAAAUAUAUUUUAGUUCAUGUUGGAAUAAGGGGAAGAUUUGACCAAGUAAUGGGAAAUAUUCAAACUUUAUAUCAUAUGGUUCCAAAGACAAACAUUCCUAUUUAUCUUAUAUCUAGGGAAAAUAUCAUUUUCCUUCUCCUAAAGGGCUCUCAUAGAAUAAUGCUCAAUCAAAAGUUUAAUGAAGGCUAUUGUGGACUUUUACCAAUUGGUCGUUCUUGUGAUAAUGUCACGACUACCGGACUUAAAUGGAAUUUAACUCACGAUAAACUAGAAUUUGGAAAACUAGUUAGCACAUCGAACAAAUGGAUUCCCGAAAGUGAUGAUAUUAGUAUAGUGACCGAUGAGCCUUUAAUAUUUACUAUGUCUUUCAAUGAAAAUUAA